AUGAUACUCGAAUAUGCUGUAAUAAAUUUAUAAAUGUAUAGUUAAAUGAAGAAGAUGACUAUAAAAGAAUGACAAAUAUAACGAGAGGAUGUUAAUAAUUAGCAUAAUAAUUGCCUUUUUAUUCUAACUUUACAAACUCGAAUCUAAUAAGACAAUGUAAAUAAUCUUAACUAUUUGAGUAUUUUGUUGUUAUCCAUUUUAAGAAGAGCCUGUUAAAUUAUUAUUGUCUAUUAUGAUGGAUAGAUUUAAUAAUGUCGAAUUUUUGAAUUGUUUUUAUAAGGGUUUAUUGGAAAUAGCAUUGCUUUAAGAAUAAAGAGCAAUGUUAGGUAGUAGAUCACCUGGAAGAGGUAGAAAAAGUAUCUCAAAGUACUUGAACUAUUAUAUUAGGGUUAUAAAUGGGAUAAUAAGGAUUGGCAAAAAAUGUUAUUGAAAAUCUAGUCAUUUCAAAACAAUUUGCAGUUUCAUUUUUAAAACCAAUAUUUAUCAUGGUGCAAUAAUUAAGAUAAUCUCUAGAAAGUAGAAGUGGAAUCUUUAUGACAUUCAUUUUUAAUACAAGAGAUGAAUAAGUUAUAAAAUUAGUAGUAGACAGUUUUGAAGAAUGUAAAAAUGAUAUUUUUGGAGCGUGCACUUGGGUUAACAGAGUUGAUGAAUAAAUUGUUUAAUGUAAAUUUAAUUAUUAAUAUUUUUAGUUUUUUAUUCAAAUUAAAUUAUUAGGUCUCAAAGUAUUGCUUAGGGUGAAUAAGAUAUAAUUGAUGAACCUUAAGAAUCUUCUGAAUCUUCAAUUGAAAUUGAUCCUAAUGAAGAGAUAUAAAAAUGGAUAUGUUAGGAUAACACUCCUAUGGUUAAUGAAUAAUUAGAUUAUUUUAGAAGUUUUGAGUAUUUGGAAUUAAUUUUCAAAUAUAUUUUUGAUCCUUCUCAUUUUGAUAUAAUACAUGAAUGGGUAAGUAUUCAUAUUUUAUGUUUUAGGAACAUCAUUAUAGUAAUAUUAAGAUUAAACAUGACUAAAGCUCAAGAAAAUUAAACUAAACUAAAAGUAUCGAUAAAUUAUAAUUACUGCGUGCAUUAAAGACUUUAAAAAUAAUUAUAAAUGAAAAUAAUUAUCCAAUUAUUACUAAACUUGUACCUUAAUUUUUAUUUAAACUAUGUAUAUACUCAUUUAAAUAUUAUUUAGUUCAUUAUAUUUAUGAAACCUUAAAUGAUUAUGAUAAGAAUAUUGAUUUAAAUUAGAUUGCAUUAAUCUUAGACUUUUUAUUAUAGACCAAUCCUAGAUAAUCUAUUUUAAUGAUAGUGGAAUUUAAUUUAAUGUUUUUAUUAGUUUCUUUAAUUUAUAAUGAAAACAUAGCCAUGAUUGUUCAGAGUAUUAAUUAAUAGUUAUUUUCAAGAAAUAAUCACUGAUGAAUAUGACAUGGGAAAUUAUGUAUUUGAUCAUUUUUGGUAAUAUUUAGACUGUACAAAUUGGAUUUAAUAUUUUUUAAGCAUUUCAUUAAUGCUAUAAGUUGAUGUGUUUAGAGCAAAUAAAAAUUGUCAAAGCGAUAAAACUGUCUAAAUAGUAGGCUUAUUAAAAUAAUAAAUAAAUUAUGAUAGAUUAAUUCAUUCGGAAGAAAUUAAUGUAGAUGAGAAGAAAUUAUUAACAGAUUAUUUAGGUUAAUUACAAGCAGGAAAAAAUUAGAUUUAAUUUUAUGGAAUGAAUUAAUUAAAUUGGCAUAUGAACUAAAAUGUGAAAGAAUAUAUAACAGUAAGUGAAUUAUUAGGCAAAGAUAUUGAUAAUUUAAUGUUAUUUAGAGUAGAGAGAUAAAAAUAUCAGUCAAAAGUUUAAAUGUCAAUUAGAGAAAAACUGUUUGUUCCAACGAUUUCCUUUUAAGAUAAUAAGUUUAUAAGAGGAAAUAGUAAAAGAUAAAUGAAAGAAACUUUAUAAUAGAGAGAGAUGACAAAUAAAUAAAUAGCUUCAACUGUAAAAUAGCUGCCAAGAUUAACAGUAGGGAAUUAAGAGUUAUCAAAAUGGAUAGAUGCAGGAAAAAAUUAAAUAAACUUAAGUAUAGCAUAGUCUCCAAAGAAAACACCAAGAAGCUAUCAAAUAAAAACUGAAUAAAGCACUGAUUUCUCUUCCUUUUAUGAAGGUUUUUCAAGUGGAAGAUUGAAAGGGUUAUAUCCAAGUCCAAGAAUCUCAAUUUAAUCUAGUAGUUUUGAAAGGAAAGCCAAAAAAUAUGAAUCUGAUUUAAAACUACUGCCAACUUGUAUUUCCAUAUUAAAGUAACUUAUUAUUAACAUCUUCUAUAAUAUGAUGAGUCUUACAUCAUAAGAUAAGAAAUAAGCCUAACGUUUAAAAAUUGAAUAAGAUAGCAUUUUGCCAUAAUUUUUAAACAAAGAAUUACUGACCUAACUAUUUAGAGCCUAUUUAUAUGGAAUUAAUGAUUAGGAUAAAUUGAAAUCAGAAACAUCUUGUGAAUGUGGAAUAAUAAUUAAUGAAAUUUAUUUAAAUUGUAAAUAACAUUAAGAACUUCAUUAAUAUAAGCCUUUAUUAAAGUCUUGUUUUUAUGAAAUUGGAGAUUAUAUUUGUAAAAUAAUAGUGAGAUUACAUGAUUCUGAUUAACCAACAAAAUUUAAAAGACAUUUGUUAAUAUGUACACUCUAAGAAGGAUUGAUAUUAUUUGGUGAAUAAUAGGAUACUCCAAAGAAUAUUUUUAGUAUUUUAAAUGAAACAGUCCUUCAUUUAUUGAUAAUUUGGUUUUUUGAUAGUGAUUAAGCAAAUACUUAUUAGUAGACAUUUGUAAAGUAAUAAGUUUGAUAAUAUUAAGAUUAUUUACAAUAAUAUUUUCAAGAGCCCCUUAGUAUUUAUUGGGAAUGAUUUUAUUUAAGUUAGGAUUGAUUAGUUCUUUAUAAAAUGCUUACUUUAAUUUUUUUAUAAAUAGUGUAAAAUUCACAACAGGAGUGGAGAGUUUGUUUUAUUACGUUAGUGUUAUGAUAUAUGUUUUAAAGCGUUCUUUGAUGACUAGAAAAAUGGAAUAAAUAUUAAGUAACUUAGAACCUUUGAGUUCAUGGAAAUAGUUUAAAGAAGUAGAGAUAGAUGGUAACUCGAAAUUUGUAUAACAGAUUGAGUCCAUAUUAUAAGAACAUGAAGGAAAAACUCCAAGAUAGUUGAUAAAAAAGAAAACAAUAGCAUUACCCUCUAAAAAUGUUAUGCAAAGUCGAAGAUCUCAAGCCUAAAUGUAAUUACAUAAUAAGUAUUGAAUAAAUAUAAAUAUUAGAUUUUCUAUGUAAUAAACUACAAAUGAUGUAUUAAAUUUAAUGAGAGUAAAGGAUAGAUUUUUAUAACAUAAUAAAAAAAGUAUAAAUUGA